AGCUCAAGAAAUCCGCAAGGCAGCGUAUUGUAUGCGGUCCUCUUUAUCUUUUCCACGUUGUCUGAGCCCCUCCUACUUCAUAAAAAGGAGGCGGUGGCUGUGCCAGCAUCCAUUUCUCAGUGGUGGUGGUAGCGGUUCACAGGCAGUGGACAAGACAUAGCACAUCUUCGUCGAAGUUAAUAGUCGCUGUACUGCAGAUCGCAGGGAGCUUGUCAGUUGACUAGGCGCAUGUAGCUGGCUUCUUUACUGGUUCUCAAAGCACUAGAAAAUGCCGGCUCGUAUCAUGGAUGAAGUGUUGAAUGAACAGAGUGCACAGGAGGAGUCAUUACUGCAACAGCAGAGUGCACAAAAUGGAAGUGAAAGCAACUUUUGCUCCUACAAUGUGAGUGUGGAUGUUGUUAUUUCUGGAAUUUCUGGUCGUCUACCAGAAUCUGACAACAUUGAAGAAUUUCGUCAACAUUUAAUGUUGGGCGAGGACAUGGUCACAGAAGACAAUCGACGCUGGGAACCAGGCCUGCUUGGGCUUCCAAGACGCAAUGGCAAAUUGAAGGAUUUAAGCAAGUUUGAUGCAGCAUUUUUUGGUGUUUCACCAAAACAGGCAGAAACCAUGGACCCACAGCAAAGAUUACUACUUGAAACAGCUUAUGAAUGUAUUGUGGAUGCAGGUGUCAACCCACAAACCUUGAAAGGCACAAAAACUGGUGUCUUUAUUGGAUCUAGCUUUUCUGAAGCUGCAGAGGCAUGGAGCUCAAAUUCUGAGAAGAUGAUUGGUUAUGCAAUGACAGGCUGCUGCAGAGCCAUGUUUGCCAAUCGACUUUCAUUUUUUUUUGACUUGAAAGGUCCCAGCUAUACUGUAGAUACUGCCUGUUCCUCAAGUCUGCUGGCCUUAGACCUUGCCUUACACAGCAUACGCAUGGGUCAGUGUGAUGCUGCCCUUGUUGGUGGAUGUGGACUGCUUUUAAAGCCAGCUUCAUCCUUGCAAUUCUUGCAGCUGAAUAUGCUUUCACCUGAUGGAAUGUGUAAAUCCUUCGAUGCUUCAGGCAAUGGAUACUGCCGAAGUGAAGCUGUGGUGAUGGUGCUGCUUCAGAAAUCUUCAGAUGCAAAGCGCAUUUACUCAACUGUUGUACACUCAGGGAAUAAUGCUGAUGGAAACAAGGAGCAGGGUAUUACAUUUCCAUCUGGAGAAAUACAGAAGCAGUUGCUGAAACAGGUAUAUGCAGAUGCAGGCGUUGAUCCAGCCAAAGUUGCUUAUGUGGAGGCUCAUGGUACUGGUACAAAAGCCGGAGAUCCGCAAGAAGUGAAUGGGAUUUGUGAUAUCUUUUGCAAAGGUCGCCAGGGGCCACUGCUCAUUGGUUCAACGAAGUCAAACAUGGGUCACCCAGAACCUGCAUCAGGUUUAGCAGCAGUUGCCAAGGUGAUUAUUGCCAUGGAAGAUGGCAUGAUACCACCCAACCUGCAUUAUGAAAAUCCCAAUCCUGACAUACCAGGGUUACUAGACGGUCGAUUGGCUGUGGUGACCCAUAGGGCACGCUGGGAUGGAGGUUAUGUUGGCAUCAAUUCUUUUGGUUUCGGAGGUGCCAAUGUGCAUGUUAUCCUCAAGUCAAAUGAACAGCAACGAACAGCACCCCAUCCUGAUGCCACCAGCUGCCGUCUGUUCACUUAUGCAGGACGCACAGAGGAAGGUGUUAGACGGGUGUUUGAAUUAUUGCAUCAACAUCCAGACAAUGUGGACCUACAGGCUUUACUUGCUGAGAGUUCUAACAUGCCAGUCAAUUCCCAUCCCUAUCGUGGCUACACUGUCUUAAAUUCUCAGACAGAGCCUCGAGCUGAUGUCAUAGAAAAAACAGCAGAGAAGCGUCCUGUGUGGUUUGUAUGUUCUGGAAUGGGCACGCAAUGGGUUGGAAUGUGUCGUCGCAUGAUGGACCUUCCCCUUUUCCAUAACUCAAUUAUGAAGGCUGAUGCAAUUCUGAGAUCUGUUGGCUUCAACUUGUAUGAUGUGCUCAUGAGUGCAGAUGAGCAGACGUUUGAAGAUCCAGUAAAUUCAUUCACUGGCAUUACAUCCACCCAGGUUGCUAUACUUGAUGUGCUGAAACAUGUUGGCAUAGUGCCAGAUGGUCUCCUGGGUCAUUCCACAGGUGAAAUAGCCUGUGGAUAUGCAGAUGGUUGCAUGACACGAGAGGAGACCCUGCUGGCAGCCUACUGGCGAGGGAGAUGUGUGAGGGAUGGAAAUUUGCCUCUUGGGGCCAUGGCUGCUGUUGGAUUGACUUGGAAAGAGGCCCAUGCCCAGUGCCCUCCUGGUGUGAUACCAGCAUGUCAUAAUGCUGAGGAAACUGUUACCAUCUCUGGACCAGCAGAAACUGUCAACAAUUUUGUGGCUGAGUUGCAGGCUAAAGGGGUAUUUGCCCGUGAAGUCAAGACAGCCGGUGUGGCUUUUCAUUCCUACUUUAUGAAGGCUGUUGCCCCAGAACUCAAGAAGAGACUUGAAGAGGUGAUUGUGCCCAAACCACGCAGCAAACGAUGGAUCAGCACAUCUCUGGUUGAAACAGAAUGGGAUUCAGAUAUUGCAAAGACUGCAGGGGCUGAAUAUCACGUAAACAAUAUGGUUUCACCAGUGUUGUUUCAAGAGGGCUUACGGCACAUACCACCCAAUGCUUUUGUCAUCGAGGUCGCACCACACUGCCUUCUGCAGGCCAUUCUGAAACGCAGUCUUGGCCCAGAUGCGCGGUUUGUGGGCCUUAUGAAGAAGGGACACCCAGACAAUCUUCACUUUUUCCUUUCCAAUCUGGGCAGAUGUUUCAUCAGUGGAGCUGCUGUUGACACAAUGAGUCUUGUAUCACCAGUGGCAUUUCCUGUGCCACGGGGAACUCCCAUGAUAUCACCACUUGUGCAGUGGGAUCACAGUGACACUUGGGCUGUGCCUAAGCCUGAAGACUUUGUGAGUGGAGGCUCAGGCCGGCUAACAGAUGCCAUGUAUGAAGUGACCUUGGCAACAGACUCAGAGGACAAGUAUAUUGAAGGUCACAUGAUUGAUGGGAGAGUUUUAUACCCUGCAGCUGGCUACCUUGUUCUGGCGUGGCGCACACUGGCUCGCCUCAGAGGAACUGUGUACCAGCAGCUGCCAGUAGUCUUUGAAAAUGUCAACAUUCAUCGGGCAACAAUCAUGCCUUCCUCUGGCAGUGUGACCUUCCAUGUAAGUAUCAUGGAAGCAACAGGGGACUUUGAGAUCAUAGAGAGUGGUGGCCUUGUUGCAACUGGCAAGAUCUUGGUUGCAACAGACUCAGUUAGCCUAGUCAGAGACAUGCCUUUCAAGGAGCAUGACGUGGGCAGCAGUGGAGAUUCUCUUGAUCUAGAGCUUACUUGUGCAGAUAUCUACAAGGAGCUGCGUCUAAGGGGUUAUGACUAUGGACCAACAUUUCAAGGAAUUCUCAGUGCCUCCAGCACAGGAGAGGAUGGAAAGCUUGAAUGGAAUGGGAGAUGGGUUGUCUUUGUAGAUCUUAUGCUACAAAUUCAAGUGCUUGGGCAUUCUGGCAGCAUGCUACGUCUGCCCACUCGCAUCACGCGCUUGGAAAUAAAUCCUACUAUCCAUGAGGAGUUUGCCAAACCAUUUGAUGACACCAGAAAGGCCAUUCCUGUGGUGGUGGAUCCAUGGCAGAACAUAGUAGUUGCUGGUGGUGUUGUGCUGCAAGGUCUUCAUGCUGCUGUAGCCCCUCGCCGCAGCCAACAGUCUCCUCCAGUGCUGGAACAAUUCACAUUUGUGCCAUACUUAGAUGGUAGACUUGACAGUUCUAUUGCAGUUACUCUAGAAGGGUAUGCUUCAGAUGUGACAGCAUAUGCCAUUCAGGGACUGAAGAGUUUACACAAUGGAAAAGAAUAUAUCUGCAACUCUAACCUUCUGACAGUGGCCUUAGAUCAACUCAGUAGUAGGAGAACUCUGUCUCAGGAUUCCAUUUCAGAAUACUUGACCUCUGAUGGACAUGGUCUUAUGAAGGUUUUACAUAAGAUUGCUACCACAAGCACAAAUUCAGUUUUCAUUGACAAUGUGAACCAGAUUCUAAAAGAUUUUCAAAAGGACUUGAUCUCUGAUCCUCUUCUUUCAUCUCUAACUGAUGUCCAUACUUUGAGGCCAUUCCUGGAUGUGGUUUUAGAAAAUACUCUGACUUCCAAGCUCAGUGUGUGCGAAUUAGAAGCAAACAGCAGUGCCAUCUAUCGUCAUGUGAUCAAACAAAUGGCUGAUCAGCCGAAGCUGCACAUUAAGACAGUAGUUGCGGAUGCAACACUUCCAGAAGGCAAUGACUUUGAUUCUCUGGACAUAACACCCACUGCAUGGGAUUUUAGUAAGGAGACCACAGGUUUGGGAAAGUUCCACCUUGUGGUGCUGAAUAAUAUUCUUCAUCGGCAGCCUAAUGCUGUUAGUGCUUUACAGAAAGCUAUUGAGCUUGUGGAGGAUGGCGGUUUUCUGAUGGUUCAAGAGGUGACUCAGAACUUCCCCAUCUUUUUGAUGCUGGAGAGUCUUCACAGAGAGUUGCCUGUACAAGAUGCAGAAAAUGAUACAGCAUAUGGGUGCUACAGAACAGCGGCAGCCUGGAAUAAUUUGUUUGGCAAGACAGGGCUGGAAGUGGUCAUGCAGGCAUCUGAUGACUUUCUCUCCUCUAUGUUCUUGCUCCGCCGCAAAGUUACCGAGACGUCUGGCCACACAAUUCUGACAGUUGACAGUUUGGACUAUAACUGGGUAGAGAGUCUUAAACAACAACUGGAGGAGUGCCAAAGUCAACCUAACAAGAAGAUUUGGCUGCUGGCAAAGACACCUUGUAAUGGGGUGGUAGGAAUGCUGAACUGUCUGCGGCAGGAGACUGGUGGAAACAGGCUCAGAUGUAUUCUAUUCAGUAAUUUGAAGUCGUCCGAAGUACCUGACAUGUCUGAGUCAAGUCAAGAGUUUCUGAGUCUGAUUCAGAAAGAUAUGGCUGUGAAUGUGUACAGAGAUGGUCAGUGGGGUUCCUUCAGGCACAUUCCCAUCAGGACAGAUAUUACAUGUCAGCUGAAGGCAUGUGAGCAUGCCUAUGUCAAUGUGCUGACCAGAGGAGAUCUGUCGAGUCUGCAUUGGGUUGAGUCUCCUCUCAAAUACUUCGACAAAACCUCCUCAGCAAAUGGCAACCUAGAACUGUGCAGUGUGUACUACACAGCGCUCAACUUCCGUGAUGUUAUGCUGGCAACAGGAAAGCUUCCUCCAGAUGCCAUCCCUGGAGAUCUUGCAGCUCAGGAUUGCAUCCUCGGCAUGGAAUUCUCUGGAAGGGAUACAAGUGGCAACAGAGUGAUGGGUCUUCUGCCUGCCAAGGGAAUGGCUACAACAGUGGAUGUGUCAAAACAGUUCCUGUGGAAGGUUCCUGAGUCGUGGUCACUGGCAGAUGCUGCCACAGUCCCUGUGGUGUAUUGUACAGCCUAUUAUGCCCUCGUCAUUCGUGGUCGUAUUCGACGGGGUGAUAGAGUCCUUAUCCACUCUGGCAGUGGGGGAGUAGGACAAGCAGCUAUUUCUAUUGCUCUGGAUGCUGGCUGCGAGGUUUUCACCACAGUGGGUUCACAAGAAAAACGUGAGAUCCUGAAGCAAGUUUUUCCACAACUAAAAGAUGACCACUUUGGUAAUUCAAGAGACCUCAGUUUUGAGCGUGAUUUUCUCAGGACCACAAAAGGAAAAGGUAUGGAUGUGGUGCUCAACUCCCUUUCAGAGGAAAAACUGCAGGCUAGCCUCCGAUUGCUUGCUCAGCAUGGACGGUUUUUGGAAAUUGGAAAGUUUGACUUGUCAAACAACACUGCUCUUGGCAUGUCCCUGUUCCUGAAAAAUGUCAGUUUUCAUGGAAUUCUGCUGGAUGCCUUGUUCACGGAAGACAAUGCUGAUUGGAUGGAAGUGUCACACCUGAUGCAGCGUGGGAUGGAAAGAGGAACUGUGAGACCUCUUCAUGCAACUGUAUUUGAUCACACCCAGGUUGAAAAUGCUUUCCGUUUCAUGGCGCAAGGCAAACACACAGGAAAAGUGCUCAUUAAGGUAAGACCAGAAGAGACCAGCAAGACCAUCCAGCCAGCCUCAGUGUCCAUUUCUGCCAUUGCACGAGCUGCCUGUCACCCAGAAAAGACUUACAUCAUAACAGGUGGAACUGGUGGCUUUGGUCUGGAGCUGGCACAGUGGCUAGUGGACCGCGGUGCCAAGAAACUUAUUUUGACAUCCAGAAGUGGCAUCACCACAGGCUAUCAGGCUCGUAAGCUUCGACGCUGGACACAUGCUGGAGUUCAUGCUAAAGUUUUAAAAUUGGAUGCUUCUAAUGUACAACAGUGUCGGGAAUUACUGCAAGAAGCUAUCAGAAUGGGACCUGCUGGUGCAGUCUUCAAUUUGGCCAUGGUUUUGCGAGAUGGAUUGUUUGAAAAUCAGACAGUGGAAAACUUCAGAGUUGUAAGUGAUCCCAAAGUGCAGGGCACGAUCAACCUUGAUGCAUUGACCAGGGAAAUGUGCAGCAGCUCACUUGAUUGGUUUGUGACGUUCUCUUCAGUCUCAUGUGGACGAGGCAAUGCUGGACAAGCCAACUAUGGUUUCGCCAAUUCUGUCAUGGAGAGAAUAUGCGAAAAGCGUGUAGUGGAUGGUUUCCCUGGGCUGGCAGUGCAAUGGGGUGCAAUAGGUGAUGUUGGUGUGGUUCUGGAAACAAUGGGCAGCAAUACCACUGUUGUUGGAGGGACUUUACCACAGCGAAUUACAUCAUGCCUUGCUACGCUUGACCGCUUUCUCAACCAGACUGCUCCUGUGAUGUCUUCGUAUGUGCCUGCAGAGAAAGCAGCAGGCAAAAAAGACAAAAGUGGAGAGAAGCAAAGUCUUGUAGAUGCUGUAUCACACAUCUUAGGUGUAAAGGAUCCAUCCAGCAUUAAUCCAGAUACAACACUUGCUGAUCUUGGUCUGGAUUCUCUUAUGGGCACAGAGAUCCAGCAAGCCCUUGAGCGUGACUUUGACUUAACUCUAUCCAGUCGUGAAAUACGCCUACUUACCAUGAAGAAGCUGAGAGAAAUUGGCAGUGAUGUCUCAGCUCCAUCUGUCUCUGCAGCAAGCUCAAAAAAAGAAGAUAGUGCUUCCAGCAUCCAGAUUGAAGACAGUGUUGAGUUUGUUCGUUAUGACACCAGCCAAUUGGUGCCUACAGUAUGCAUUGUCAAACUCAACAAUAUCAGCAAUGACAAAUCACCACUAUUUAUCGUUCACCCUAUUGAAGGUGUUACCUUGUGUCUGAAGACAGUGGCAUCCUGUAUGCAGUGCCCAGUGUAUGGGAUACAACGUGUAGCAGCAGCACCACUUUCUUCAGUGGAGGCCCUAGCUGGCUUUUAUCUUCAGCAACUGAUGCAAAUAAAACCAGAAGGCCCAUACCAGCUAGCUGGAUAUUCUUUUGGAUGCUGUGUCGCAUUUGAGAUGGCACUUCAGCUACAAAAGGCCUUUCCACAGGACCCCAACAUUGUAGAGCAAUUGUUUAUGCUGGAUGGUUCUCACCAGUUUGUCAAUGCCCAUACUACAUCAUACCGCAAAAAGUUUUCAUGCCAAGAAGGUCCUGAAGUGGAAACGGAGGUCUUGUGUGCUUUUAUCAACCAGUUCAUGUUUACAUCUUAUAUACCAGACUACUCUCAGCUUUCGAAGACACUGAUGGGAGCACCAAACAGCAAAGAGAGGAUGAAUACAGCCUUGGAUAUUCUAAUGUCCACCCAACAGUUCCCAGACCGUAAGGAUAUUGAAACAGCCAUGAAUGCCUUUUUUGGCAUGUUGAUUAUUGGAGAGCAGUACAAACCUGCAGCUACAUACAGUGGAGAUAUAACCCUACUUCGUGCCCGCUCACAUACUUUAGGGUCAGACAGCCUUGCUGAGGACUACAACAUUCAUGAAGUAUGUUGUGGAAAAGUGAUCGUGGAGACAGUUGAAGGAGACCAUGAAACAUUUAUUAAGGGAGAAAGUGCAAAAGUGGUUGCUAAGCUGUUGUCAUCUGGCUGUGGCUGCAACUGAAGUUAAGCAGGUCACAAAAGGCCUUGGGCUGCAAAGACUAGUUUGAGAAAAUAAAUGCAUAAUUACCUCCCUCACCUUAACUAGUAACUGAACAAUUUUAAGAGGAAAUGAGAGUAUUGCUUGUAUUUAGUGGUGUUGGUAUUUUGUGCUGAUUUGAUUUCUUUAUGCCAACGAUGUUUGUGUUCAUUCCACUUUCAGCUGUGGAUCUGACUUAAUUUAAAAUUCGCAUCUCCAUAGCCCAUGCUUUGGUGUCAAGCAGACCCAAGGUAGUUUUUUUUUUUUUUGAAAGACUUGUCGCCAUGUUCUUAUAAUACAUCCAGUAUUAGCUUCCUUCAUUCACCCAUUUCAAGUUCUGUUGAAUGCUAUCAUUGAUUUGACAUUACUUGCUAGUCUAGUAUAUGUGUUUACAUGCUUUUGUGUAUAAGGAUUAUUGCCCAAUCCUGCACAAAAUCUGAUGCCUCUGGGUCUGCACAACAUUGGUGCAGUCUUGCAGACAUUCCUUUUUGCAACGAUGCAUUUCAUGGUGCCUGCUGCUUCUGUUCUCUUGCAUGCUAAUCAAAACCUGCAUGUUAUUUAAAAGCUCCUCAUAGGAUCAAAGCUGAUGUUGCUGUUAUAUUGUAGCAAAGUCAGAUUCUCCUGGCUUCAUGUGAGUUUGGACCAAGAACAAAUUCUGACCAGAUUUUUAUCAACAUCACCGUAUUUAUCACUCAGUCUCAUUGUUUAAUUUUUGCGAGAUGCAGACUUGUUUGAAUGUAGUAAGUCUUCAUGGUUUGAUUUUCUAGUUUGCUAGUAACAUCUGCCUCUGUAUGAGUGUUUUGAUGGUGAAUAGACACAUGCAUGUUAGUAGGAUGCAUGUAGUGCAGACAUGAAUGCGUUUUUUUAAAACUAUGCAUCUGUUGCAGUUGUUUGCCCUUAAGUAUGUUCAAGUGGAUAAUGCACAAACUUUGAGUACACAUUACAUAAAAGUACAGUUUAUGAAAAACUACCUGCUUUCUGAACAUUCCAGAGACGUGAACAGUAACCAACAUAAUGUUAUCAAACUUAAAUAAAAGUUCUGAAAGUAA